AUGUUGAGAACAAUUUUUUGUUCACGUUGUCUACUACAAACAAUAUUAAAUAGUGUAAAACAACAGCUUAAUGUUCACUAUCGUUUAAUACAUUCAGAAAACUUGGCUAAGUUACAAACGAAUGAAGAUGAAUUACUUAGUGCAAUUGCGCAUCGCGAACUUUUUGAAGAACAGUUUUCUGAUCAACGGAGAUCUCGUAAGAGUUCAACACUUAGGCCAGGGCGUUCUUCAACACCACCGUCCACAACAACGUCUAAUUUAAAGUUGUUGAAUCGUCCUACUUCGAAUAUAAAUAAGAAACAAACAAUUAGGACUAAACAACACCAAUUACCGGACGUCAUAGUAACUGAAAAAAUUGAUUUAGCGCAUCCAAAACCGAAAAACAAACGUGCCAUAUCUGUCUCAUCUACUUCAGCACUUACCUCACCACUAGCUGAAAUCCCAUCCGAAAUGAAUAAACAGCACAAUAUAGAAGAACAAAAUCGUCUGAAAUCUAUUAGUCAAAGAUUAAAUAUAACCGCUCCACCACCAUCAUCCUCUUUUCGAUUAACACAACCAGAAACACUCUCAAGUGACGAAAAACGGAAAGAUGAUAUAUUGGAAGAUGAAUUUCGAACAGAAGAUGAAAAAAUUUUAGUAGAAUUAUUAGGUACUUUGGAUUUAAAAAAAGUUCGACAAAUGCAUAAAUAUACAGAUGAAGAAUUAAAAAUUAUGAGAAAGCAUCAAACGUUUAACGAGAUAUUAUUAGCCUAUGUUGAUGUGUCGAUUUAUAAUGGGAAGCUGAGAAAAGUGAGACAAUUUUUUGAUAAACUGUGUCUUGAUCAAGAACGUCGAAAAACUAUGAAACGUUUAUCAUGGAAAUAUCCGUCAAAUGUAAAUAUCUAUAAUACAAUUAUGUUUGCACACGCUGAAAAUGGUACACUACGUGCUGUUCAAACAUUAUUUGAAAAAAUGCGUUCUAGUCAUAUAAAACCCACAUUAGAAUCAUAUGCUGCUGUCCUGACUUGUCUCGGAAAUCUAGACAUGUUUGAUCCAACAAUAGCUAAACGAAUUAUAUUUGAUAUUGAAAAAAAUGGAUUUCGUGUAUCAGACAUAUUUCAUUUGAAUUGUUUAAAUAACGAACAAAUUCGACGUAUUUUGAAAGUUUUAAAAAUAUUGCGUCCAGAUUUUAAAGUGCCACCAAUUCCAGACGAAGUUCAUACAAAAUUAUUACAAAAUGUCUACGAACAACCAUCACCAAUUACUGAUAAGUCAAAUAUUCAAGGUGAUUUAUGGUGGAAAAAUAUUAAUUUUAAAGAAAAACUAGCAAAACAACUUCAAUGGGAACAAGAACAAAAGGUCGUUUUUAAGUCAAUUAGCAUUACAAAACAAGUGAAUGAUCAUUAUGUAGAUAAACAAAAACAAUUGUACAUGGAAAUGGAACAACAACUAAUCGUGGGAUUUUUAACAGAACUUGAAAUUCUGAAACGAGAGACGGAGCCAGACAAAUUGAGUAUUAUACCAUUUUUGGAAAUAUUUGACGCAAAAGAAUAUAUUCAAAUAGUAAUGAAGGAAGUGAAUGGUCUGUUUUAUGGAUCAGAUUAUUAUAGUUUACCGUAUAAUGUUCUUUGCUCAAAUUUGGGAAAAAGAAUACAUCAACGAUAUUUGACAGAUGUCAGAAAAAAAAAUGGAUUUUUAGACAACUUACAAUCUAUUUAUCAAGAAUAUAUUGAACAUUGUGUUAGUAAUCAACGUUUUAUUAAAAAUGAAAGACAAAAAUGGAAUGAAAUUGUUACGAACCACUUUACGUUUAUGGAUCGUUCAUAUCGACCAUGGUCAUAUGUUCAAAUAUGUCAAAUAGGCGAUUUCUUCUAUCGUGUCAUGUUGAAAUAUAUGAAGUUAACAGUACCAUUAUCAUCACAGAAAAGAAAUACAAUUAAUAAACGAGAAGCAAAUUCUAUUCUCCAUGUUGUUCAUCGAACACCUGGCAAAUAUACUGAAAAACAGAUCAAAGUUCAUCCAACAGUUUUACGAUUCUUUGCCCAUUUACCAGAACAACAAUUAGAAUUUGACUGUACUGAAUUGCCUUGUCUUGUACCACCAUUACCGUGGAUAAAUUGUCAUACGGGUGGUUAUCUAUUAAAUCAAACAGAUUUUCUUCGUUUACCAUUAUCUGCUAAUCAACAAGAUCAAUAUUUAAAGUCAAUAUCGGUACAACAAAUAGGUGGUGUACUAGACUCGAUAAAUGCUCUAAAUUCAUGUCCAUGGAAAAUAAAUCAACGCAUAUUAGAUACCAUUAUCAGUAUAUUUGAAAAAGGUGGAGAUAAAACUUUCUCAGUUCCAUUAUCGUUAAAGAAUCCCAGUAUACCGGACAUGGUUCAUAUAGAUAAAGGUUUAUCAAACGAUGAAAAACGCCGUAGAGAAAGAGAACGAUUCAAAUUAGUAAAACAACGAGCAGAAAUUUUUAGUCUAUGGUCAAAUGAAUUAUAUCGAUUAUCUAUAGCGAAUCAAUUUCGAAAUGAAAUAUUUUGGUUUCCACAUAAUCUAGAUUUUCGUGGUCGUGUUUAUCCCGUUCCCCCCCAUUUCAAUCAUUUAGGUAGUGAUAUCGCUCGAGGACUUAUAUUAUUUGCUGAAGGAAAACCAUUGGGUGCAAAUGGAUUAAGACGAUUAAAAAUACAUUUAAUUAAUUUGACCGAUUUGAAAAAACGUCAAUCGAUUAAUGAAAGAGAACAGUAUGCCAAUGAAAUUAUGGACGACAUCUUAGAUUCUGCUGAUAAACCAUUGACUGGUCGCCUAUGGUGGUCAAAAUCAGAAGAACCAUGGCAAACAUUGGCUUGUUGUAUGGAAAUUGCCAAUGCAAUAAGAUCUCCUGACUCGACCAAAUAUCUAUCAUAUUUUCCUGUUCAUCAAGAUGGUACAUGUAAUGUACUUCAACAUUAUGCAGCCAUGGGUUUAGAUGAUGUUGGUGCGGCAUCGGUAAAUUUAAAACCAUCAGAUUUGCCAAAAGAUGUUUAUAGCGAUGUUGUUGAAAUGGUUGAAUUAGAACGUCAAAAAGAUGAAGAAUUAAAUAUUGAAAUGGCUAAAAUUUUAAAAGGUUUUAUUAAACGAAAAGUAAUAAAACAAACAAUUAUGACCACAAAUUACGGUGUAACAAUGUAUGGUGCUCGACAACAAAUUGGUCGACAAUUACGUGAUAUUGAAGAUUUUCCAAAAAUUCAUGUCAGUGAAGCUAGUACCUAUUUGGCAAAGAAAACAUUUUUAUGUUUAAGAGAAUUAUUUCGCGAAACAAAAAAAAUUCAAGAUUGGUUUAAAGAUUGUGCUAGUUUAAUAUCAAGAGUGCGUGGAACUGCUGUUGAAUGGAACACACCUCUUGGUUUACCGGUCGUUCAACCGUACUAUAAAGAAAUAAAAAUAAAAGAGUCUGGACACGAAUUGAUGGAUUAUUUUAAUAUGAAUUCACGACCAAAUAAUAUAAAACAAAAAAAUGCAUUUCCACCCAAUUAUGUUCACUCAUUAGAUUCAACGCAUAUGAUGAUGACAGCACUUAAUUGUGCAAAAAAUGGUAUUACAUUUGUAUCUGUUCAUGACAGUUUUUGGACACAUCCAUGUGAUGUAGACAUUUUAAGCAAGAUUUGUCGUGAACAGUUUGUUGCACUACAUAAGGAACCAUUACUAGAAAAUUUAUCACAAGAUUUUACUAAUAAAUUUGGAUUUAAAUCAAGUGAGUUUAGCAAAGCCGAUGAAACUCAAACUAAAACAAUGAAAUUAAUAAAUGAUACCAUUCAUCGUGUACCUGAACGUGGCAUAUUUAAAUUAGAAAGUGUUUUAGAUUCAACUUAUUUUUUCAGCUAA